GGCUGAGGCACAGGGAGAUUAGGGAGCUGACUAGGACUGCACUUUGUACCUACAUUGGAUGCUGCUCUCUGUUCCAUGGAUCUGAUCUUCUCCCACUGAUUCUUCAGGAUUUGUCCCAAUUUAUUCCUCUCUGUCAGGGAGUUGCCACAUUGCUUUUCUUCUGUGGAUCGUGCCCCGGACUGUGCCCUCAUGCUGGUACACGCGUACUCUGCCAUGGAUCGCUCUGAAGUUUUGAAUGGAGCAGCCAGCGGCGGCCGACUCUCCCAGCUGUCAUCUCUCAACCAAGGGCCCUACAGCUCGGCCCCUCCACUGUGCCACACGCCGGCGUCCGACUUUCAGCCCCCCUACUUCCCUCCCCCGUACCCCCAACCUCCUUUAUCUUACUCCCAGAGCCAGGAGUCCGGAUACCCACACCUCGGCGACCCCUACAGCAGCAUCAACUCCAUCCACCACCAGCACCAGCAGCCCUCCUGGCACACCCCGCGGAGCCGCCCGGAGGAGGCAGGACUCCUCUCCCAAACUCACAGGGGACUCAGUCUGGACCCACGGAGAGACUACGGGGGAAUGUCCCGCCUCAUCCCUGGUUUGACAGACGGGGGUCACAGCCUGGCAGACAGCUCCCUGUCCAUCCAUGCCCUUUCCCACCACAGCUUGGAAGACAUGCAGUUAUUGGAUGAAUCAGGGAUCAGCAUAUUGGACCAGUCAGUGAUAAAAAAAGUUCCCAUUUCAUCAAAGAACAAUAGCAGCAUGAUGUCCGCCCUAUCCAUGAAUAAAGAAAGCCUUAUCGGUGGUGUAUCUAAUCCAAACGAAGUUUUCUGCUCAGUCCCUGGACGUCUGUCCCUCUUGAGUUCCACUUCAAAGUACAAAGUGACAGUGGGAGAGGUUCAAAGGCGUCUUUCACCUCCGGAGUGUCUCAAUGCAUCUCUUCUCGGAGGCGUUCUCAGGAGGGCAAAGUCAAAGAAUGGUGGACGUUGUCUUCGAGAACGGUUAGAAAAGAUUGGACUGAAUUUACCAGCGGGGAGGCGCAAAGCAGCAAACGUGACCCUGUUGACAUCACUGGUGGAAGGUGAGGCUGUACAUCUUGCACGGGAUUUCGGCUAUGUCUGUGAAACCGAGUUCCCAGCUAAAGCUGCUGCUGAAUACCUAUGCCGGCAGCACUCUGAUCCCACAGAGCUCCAUGCAAGGAAAAAUAUGUUGCUUGCUACAAAGCAGAUCUGCAAGGAGUUUGCUGACUUGUUAGCCCAGGAUCGCUCCCCUCUUGGGAACAGCCGUCCAUCCCUCAUACUGGAGCCUGGUGUUCAGAGCUGCCUGACGCACUUCAGCCUAAUCACACAUGGCUUUGGUGGGCCAGCCAUAUGUGCUGCCCUCACAGCUUUCCAGAACUAUCUCCUGGAAUCUCUUAAAGGAAUGGACAAGAUCUUCAUGAGUAGCACAGGAAACGGACACUCUGCAGCAGAAUCCAAAUCAGAAAAGGACAUUAAGCAUCGGAAAUAGCCACUAGUAAAAGAGAAGCCAAAAUGGAAGGUGGCUGGAAAAGGGAAGAGGAUUUCUGUAAAAGAAAAGACAUUCUUCUUUGGAUUUUCUAGGAAAUAAUUUUAUUAUUAUUAACUGAAUUGACAGUUUUAUGUAAUUGAAUUCCAUAAUGUGCAAGGACAGACAUUGAACACAUCAUGCUAUGCUGGUGUUAGAGGACGUUCUGCAAAAUGAAAAGGGGAAACCCGAGUUCUAUCUAACUGAAUAAUACUGAACUAGAACAACAAUUUCAAACACAGGAUUCCGCCUCGAGAUACCCUUCAGUCCUAUCUAAAACCAGCACUGGUGCUAUUGUGGUUUUGUGGAAAUAGAUAUUUACUCCCCAGAACACCCGCAAGUCACAACUUUGCACUGCCAUUUUCUUUUGACUUCACAUUACAUAGGAAAUUCAACAAAUGAUGUGAGACAUAUCUUAAUUUUGCUGAGCCAGGACCAAUAAAACGAAAGUGGGCCUAAGAUACUGGCUGGCAGCUGAAUUUUUUGGAAGGCCCCUAUAUGGCCCGAGGAGCCUGUUUUUGGCAUCCCAGCAUAUUGCACAGUUAAACAAUAAAUCCUUACAUAGAUCAUUUUCUGUGUUUGUAAAUGUGUUUAGAGGUGUUUUUAGAUUAUACCCAAAGUCCUUUUAUUUUACCCCACUUCAAGCCACCCAAUCAAUAGGUCCCUUACCUCCUUCGUAAUUCUGACUUCUGAUUAGGAAUUACAGUGACCUUGUUAUUAUAAAAUAUUAGUGUUGUUUUUCACAAGGCCCUGAUUCAGACUAAUAAACACAUCACAAUCAUUCUGGCAGGUUUUUGAAAUCUCUUUUUAUUACUUAAGCCUAGUAGACAUCCUUAUUGCUAGUUAGUGUGACCUUUUAGCUAUUUAACCUUUUGGGCCUGUGGAGGAAAAAAAUGUCACUUACUUCUGUCUAGGUCCAACUGUUUACAGUACAAAAAAUUAAAGUUUGGGGGAAAUGCCUUUGGGUAACUGAUUCACCGGCCAAAUGAACACCAGAGAGACUUUUGUACAUAUUUAUUUAUGUGUAAUUAUAUGGGGGUGUUUAAAAGAUGUUCAGUGCAAGUUAUUUAUAAUCAGAGUGAAUAUGGGAUAUUGUUAUUAAUAUUUGGGAUAUUUACCCCACGCUACACCAGACGGGGGGUGCUAAAGCAAUCUGGAGGAUUAGUCAUUUCACAGACACCUCUGUUGUAAAAAAAAAAAACAAAAACAACAAAAAGAAAAAAAUGAAAACACCUUGUCAUUAAUAAAAACAAAAUUGAAAUUGUCA